AAACAUGAAGAUGAUGACGCCAAAGAAAACGGGUUGAAACUGAUAUAUUAGAAAGAAACAGACUUAUAUUUUACCUUUGUCGUGUUAUAAAGAAAACGGCACAACUCGGCACAGCACUGAAGGCAACUGAACUCACCGGUCUAACCAUGGGGAAGUCCAAACAAACGAAAAACCACAAUAAUGGCAGAAAGAAGAACAUUGCAAAGACGUGGAAGACGAAGCGCCGGACAAAAGACUUAGAUGAGAUCCAUUCAGAUAUGAAGCCUGAAAUUGCUGCCAAACUACUUAAUCAGGAAGUGGACUAUGAUGUGACGGGAUGUGCACAGCACUACUGUUUACACUGCGCGAGAUAUUUUGUGGAUAUGAAAUCGUUGAAAGACCAUUUCAAGACUAAAGUCCACAAAAAACGGUUGAAAGAGCUUAAGGAGGAACCGUACACGCAGGCAGAGGCAGAGAGAGCGGCUGGGAUGGGCUCCUAUAUCCCUCCAAAGGUCAUGGAGGUGAAGACGCAACCUGUGGAAGAAGAUAUGUGCUGAAAAGUUCCUUCUCCGUGAAGUGAACUUUACAAAACGUGGAAGCCAAAAAUGCACAUGUUGAUAAAUUGUGUUUUUGCAGUCAGCUCAUUCAUAAGUAAACUGAAUAUUAUCAGCAUCACAAAAGUGUUGCCUUAUUCUUGGUAAUACACAGUGUAACUUAUGUAAAUAUGGAGAGUGUGAAGUGGUAAUAAACCGAGAUAGAUUGCCCUUACACAA